AUGUCCAACAAAAUGUCGCGGCCCAAGCCGCCGCCUCCGGGUAACGAGGAGGCCUCGGCGACGCUGAACCUCGGCGAGUUCCAAAACGUCGACACCCUGACGUUGUCGGAGGCGUCGCUCGUCCUGAACGCGCUGGUCGCGAAGCGUCGCAACGACCGCAAAAACGUCAAUGAGACCGAGUACGCGUUCUGCCUGGAAAACACACCAUGGACGCAUAGGGCACCGAUGCUGAACCAGACCCUCAACUACCUUGACCACUUUGCGCGGUUCACGCAAAAGGAAAACGUCGAGGCCGUCGAACGGCUCCUCAGCGCGCACAAGGACCUGGCCAAGUUUGAGCGUGCCCAGCUGGGAUCGCUGUGCUGCGAAAACGCCGACGAGGCCAAGACGCUGAUCCCCUCGCUCGCCGACAAGAUCAAAGACGAGGACCUGCAGGACCUCCUCGCGGAAAUCUCCAAGCUGCAAAACCGGUAA